AUAAGGGUGUUUUCUUCCAAACCCAUUAACCACCACGUUUGCUUUUAUUAUAUGUGGACGCGUAGUAUUUAGUGAAACCCGAAACAAGCAAGCUGCGAAAAAAAUUCCAAGCAUUUAUCACCAAAAUUAGCCUAUCAAUGGCAGAGCUAGAGAGUCCAAAGAUGAUGCCAAAAUCAAUCACAUUUCUCUCUUCUUUGCUUCAAAGGGUUGCUGAUUCUAAUGAUCUUCACCGCGAGUUUCAGCCACAGAAAAUCUCGGUCUUCCAUGGACUAACUAGGCCAACUAUCUCUAUUCAAAGUUACUUGGAGAGAAUUUUCAAGUACGCAAAUUGUAGCCCUUCUUGCUUUGUUGUUGCGUAUGUGUAUCUUGAUAGGUUUGCUCAAAGACAACCUUCUUUGCCUAUCAAUUCUCUCAAUGUUCAUCGGUUGCUUAUAACAAGUGUCUUGGUUUCUGCGAAGUUCAUGGAUGACAUGUAUUACAACAAUGCUUACUAUGCAAGAGUUGGAGGGAUAAGCACGAUUGAGAUGAACUAUCUAGAAGUGGAUUUUCUAUUUGGAUUAGGCUUCAAUUUAAAUGUGACUCCAAACACCUUCCACACUUAUUGCUCCUACCUUCAGAGAGAGAUGAUGCAACAACCUUCUCUGAAUUUAGCUGAAUCUUCAUUGAACUUGGGGAGAUCACUAAAAGUCCACUUGUGCUUCAAUGAAGAUGAGACAUCCCAUCAACAACAGCAACUUGCUGUUUAAGCUAUAGCUUGUUUAAUUAUAAUCCCUGGAAAAUGUAGUUAGUGAUAGAGAUAGUGACUAUCCUCCAGUCUCCUCUCUCGUAUAUUGGAUUGUACUAAACCAACUUGGUUUUUUUAUUUUGUUUUAUUUCAUGGGUUUGAAUUUCAGUUUAUUCUGUAUGUACAGAUGGGACUAUCUUCUUUACAGUCUGGCUAUCAAAUUCUAUGACUCUAUUGUACCAUUAACCUAAAAAAUGAAAUGGGUUGACUCGGUUUUCUGUUUCUCUUUUCA